AUGGAAGAGAUGCCACAAAAACCUGGAACCAAGCUUGAGGUGUUUGACAUGUGGGGGAUUGACUUCAUGGGUCCAUUCCCAAUUCUCAGGGUAAUAAAUUCAUUUUGGUGGCAGUUGACUAUGUCUUCAAAUGUUAUGGAGUCUCUCAUCAGACUUCAACUUCAUAUCACCCACAAACAAGAGAUCAAGUUGAAAUGUCAAAACCGAGAACUAAAGCGAAUUUUGGAGAAAACGGUGAGCAAUCACAGGAAAUAUUGGGCGGAUCAGCUAGAUGAUGCACUCUGGGCUUAUAGAAUGGCCUAUAAAACACCUAUUGGGCCAACACCUUACAGGUUGGUCAAUGGGAAAGCCUAUCAUUUGCCAGUUGAAUUGGAGCGCAGAGCCUAUUGGGCUAUUAAACAGUUAAAUUUUGACCCUCACCUAACUGGGCAGAAGAGAAAGCUCCAAUUGAAUGAGUUAGAUGAAUGGCAAGCUAUGGCAUAUGAGGACUCUGUGCAUUACAAGGAAAAAGUGAAAGAGUACCUUGAUCAACACAUUAAGCAAGCUAAGCACUUCCAAGCAAGGGAUCAAGUCCUACUUUUUAAUUCCAGGUUAAAACUCUUUCCAGGAAAUUUGAAGUCAAGAUGGCAUGGACCAUUCAUAGUGUUACAAGUUUAUUCUUAUGGUACCAUCGAGAUAAGUCAUCCGGAAAAGGGACAUUUAAGGUCAAUGGUCAUCACCUGA